AUGAAUGUCUCCUUCAGCCUGGCCGAGAUCCAGAGCCUUCCAGAACUCCUGGAAGCAGAGAACCGCUCUUUGCCCGAAUUACCCAACAGGAGCCAGGAACUGGACUGGGAAGAGGUGGAGAAGCUGCUCUUCCUGUUCCACAAAGACCCCGUCACCAUCAGCCUCACCAUCAUGUACCUGGUCUCCUUCUUGGUGGGCUUAGUCGGCAACAUCAUGUCACUCCGGAUACUGACUAGCAAGCGUCAUCGCCGCAUCCCUAGCUUGAAUGCCACCAGAAGCCUCCUGAUCAACUUGGCCAUCUGCGACCUGAUGGUCGUGUGCAUCUGUAUGCCCAUCACUGUGGGCAACCUGAUUUACAAAGCCUGGGUCUACGGGGACUUCUUGUGCAGGGCUGUGCCCUUCAUCCAGGCUGUGUCGGUCUCUGCCAGCGUCCUCAGCCUUACAGUGAUCAGCCUCAAUCGCUAUUACAGUGUACACAACCCUCUCCAUGCCAGAUCCUUUUUCACCCACAGGAAGAUUUUGAGCACCAUCCUGGUGGUCUGGGUCUUCUCCUCGGGGAUCUGCAUGCCCCUUAUAUUUAUGAACAAAAGGGUUGGGUUUGAGGAGGUCCAGGACCUCCCACUGGUGUUUCCCAUCUGCAGAGAGAUAUGGCCUGAGGAGAAGAUCAGGCAGGCCUAUAGCUUCCUCCUCUUCUGCGCUCUCUACUGCCUGCCUGUCCUGUUCAACAUGGUUAUCUGUUGCUUGACUGUCCACAGACUCUGGAGUCCCACCAGGCAACUGAGGGACUCCAAUGCCCUGAGCCAGACCUUGCCCUUGUCCAGGCUGAAGGUUCGUAAGAAGGUUGCCCAAAUGGUGGUGGCACUGGUCCUGCUCUUUGCCUUCUCCUGGCUGCCCAUUUACACAAUGGACAUCUGGAUUGAGUUCAACAGCCCCAAGUCCUCAUGGGAGGAGGCUCCUUCACCUUGGGUCCUUCAGCUCCGACCUUUCGCUCAGUGGCUCAGUCUCAGCAAUUCCAGCCUCAACCCUAUCUGCUAUUGUUUUGUGGGCAAUCUCUACCGGUCAGCCAAGGAAAUGAAGAGCAGAUAUCACAAGAAGGUGGCCUCUCUGCUCAACUUCUCCCUCUCGGAAAAGAGCUUGCCCUCCUCCUCGGUCCCUGAGUUGCUCUCAUUCAAGAGUUCUACUACUACGGGUUCCACAAACAAAGAGCCAGACCUGGUUGUGGGAAUUGGGGGGAGAGGCCAGAAGAGAACCUGUCCUAGGACCCAUGUGUAG